ACAAUUGAUCGUAUAAAAAUGUGUUCCCCUCAACAACAUUUGGACUGCAGAGCAAAAAUAACUACUGGAGAUGACGACCUACCGCUUGGAAUACGGACAUUGCAUAAAAUACUAGUGGGUUAUAACAGAAAUGGCCUGCAUUCACCCCCUGCAUGGAGUUCAUUCUUAUGAUAACAGCCUCUACAACUCAGAGUCUCUGAGCCUGGACCUUACCUGCAGGUUAGCCAUGGACGUGAGUAGCCAGACGGACCAGCUCUCUGACGCCUCCCUGCCUAGCAUCAACUCCCUGGUGGGCACAUACACUAGCGAGUUUGAUGCUUCCUCCUGUCAGAUCGCCACAGCUCCUACAACCUCUAGCACAGACUCUGUCCAUGAAUCGCCCUUCAAGAAGGAUGACUUCCAGAUUUAUGGCUGCUACCCUGGCAGCUUUGCCCUGAGCUACUUUGACGAAGCCCUGUCUUCUGGUGGCUCUGAAUGUUUCGGCAGCCCGGCGUCAGCCCAGUCUCCCUGUACCCCAGGCUUCCAGCCCCAGCUUGCAUCAGCUUGGGCCUCGGCCUCCGGCCCCUACUCUCCCAGCCUGGACUGCUGGGUGGCUGAUAAGACUGCAUUAUUACAGACAUCCUCUUUCUUCACCUAUGGACCCGGCUCAGUAGAGGAUCUGUCUCCUCUGGACCAACCCCAGCCCCAGCUGGCUGAUCAAGGCCACUUCUGUCAGGAGCAGCACCCCUCCCUGCUUUCUUUCUCCCCUCUAACCCUGGAGCCAGGCACCCUAGAUGACUCUGGCUUCAUGGAAGGUAGCAUGUCGCUGAAACCGAACAGCCCUACUGGAAAUGAGGGUCGCUGUGCUGUCUGUGGGGACAACGCCUCCUGUCAGCACUAUGGGGUUCGUACCUGUGAGGGCUGCAAAGGUUUUUUCAAGCGUACUGUACAGAAAAAAGCCAAAUACGUGUGUCUUGCCAACAAGGACUGUCCGGUGGACAAGAGGCGACGGAAUCGCUGUCAAUUCUGUCGUUUUCAGAAGUGCCUGGCAGAAGGCAUGAUGAAAGAAGUUGUGAGAACAGAUAGCUUAAAAGGUCGAAGAGGUCGUCUGCCCUCCAAGCCAAAAACAGCCCAGGACCUAUCUUCUGCUGAGUCUCCAGUUAAUAUCAUUGCCUCUCUUGUGAGGGCACACAUUGACUCAAACCCUAGUGUUGGGAAACUGGACUACUCUAAGUACCAGGAGACUGUGACCAGUCUGUCAGAGAAAGUGGGCGUUGGUGACGUCAAACAGUUCUACAACCUCCUCACGGCAUCCAUGGACGUGAUUAGCAAGUGGGCUGAGAGCAUCCCUGGGUUCACUGCCUUCUGCUCUGAGGACCAGGAGCUGCUACUGGAGUCCGCCUUCAUGGAACUGUUCAUCUUGCGACUAGCAUACAGGAUCAACCCUGAGACACACAAGCUGAUAUUCUGCAAUGGAGUGGUGCUUCACCGGAUGCAGUGUGUACGGGGCUUCGGUGACUGGAUAGACUCCAUCAUGGACUUCUCCCAGAGCCUCCACCGCAUGAACCUGGACAUGUCGUCCUUCUCCUGCCUCACAACCCUGGUCAUAAUCACUGACCGCCACGGCCUGAAGGAGCCCAAGCGGGUGGAGGAGUUCCAGAACCAGCUCAUCACCUGUCUCAGAGAUCAUGUCUCGAGCUGCGCCUCGGACUCCACUCGGCCCAACUACCUGUCCCGCCUCCUGGGAAAACUGCCCGAGCUACGGACUCUCUGCACCCAGGGCCUGCAGCGCAUCUUCUAUCUUAAGCUUGAGGACUUGGUCAUACCACCCCCCAUAGUGGACAAAAUUUUCAUGGAAACUCUGCCUUUCUGAGAGUGAGAAAAGACAAUACAGAGUGUGCUAGAGACGAUAAAUGAUGAAGUGAUCUCCCUGUUGGAUUAGGGACAAACAAAUGAAACUCUUAAAGACUGACAUAAAAGUGCUGAAUAAUACUAUCUUAAAAGCUCUGAAGCUAUAUCGCACUUGAGGAAAAGAGGACCUCUUGUACAUUAGCAAUGGCCAUAGUAUGGUGCUAAAAGGAUAAUUAACUUCUUUAUAAUUUCAGUAAUAGUUUUAAUGCAGUAUUUCAGAUAUAUGGCUUUGAGUGUGCACUAAUUACUUAUACUGGAGUGAAAAACAGACAGGCCAUGGACCAAAAGCAGACUGCCAUAAAUUAAGUAAACAAAGUUAGAUUUUGAUGAACAUGCGUUAGUGCACUUUAAAAAUAGGCCUGUGAAAUGUAAUGACUGAUACUAAGGACUAUGCAGUCUUGCUUCGUAUGUACGUUAUGCCUUAGCUAGAUGGUGUUUUUGAGAUUCAGGUUCAAGAUUUUACUACUAUCAUGGUGUUACAGCAUAGCCACAAUGACUCCACUGCAGCAUUGUGACUGAAACAUGUUACAAUCAUAAGGUUAAAUAAAGUUGAAAUAAAUAAAUAAAAUAAGGACAUUUUGAGAA